UGUGCGCGCGCGUCAUAUAUAGAGCUCUUUAGCUCGCCUGCCUUCUUCUUCUUCCAUCUCUCUUGCUCUCUGCUUUUGGUGGCAGGCGGAGUAGUUGGGGCGCUCCCAACGAACCAAGGCAGAAUCAAGAGACGCGAGAGGGAGGUUUUGGCUUCGCUGGCGCCGCACGAUGGUAAGCCUGCCGUCCGACGAGGAGGAAGAGGAGGAGGAGUACGCCUCCGACAUACAGAGCGAGCGAUGUGAGAGCUAUAGCCCCAGCGCUGACGUCAGCGAGUCCGAGUCCUCGGGUCGCGUCGGGCGCGCCGCCGCCGCCGCCGCCGCCGGGGCCUCCAGCUCCUUCUCCUCCUCCCCGCCGCUGGCCCCUGCCAGAGCGGCGCUGUUGCCUGGGGUGCCUCAUUUGGUGUUCUGGGAGUCGAAGUUGGAGAAGAGGGAGGCCGAUUUCUCUGAAGUGGAGAUGAUGAAGGAAAGAUUUGCCAAGCUUCUGCUCGGCGAAGACAUGUCCGGCGGCGGCAAAGGGGUCUGCACGGCGCUUGCCAUCUCGAAUGCGAUAACGAAUCUUUCCGCUACUGUGUUCGGAGAGCUUUGGAGAUUGGAGCCCCUUGCGCCGCAGAAGAAGGCAAUGUGGCGCCGGGAGAUGGAUUGGUUGCUCUGUGUGAGUGAUUCCAUCGUGGAGCUCAUCCCUUCCAUCCAAGAGUUCCCUGGCGGCGGGACCUUCGAGGUGAUGGUCUCUCGCCCCCGGGCUGACCUCCACAUGAACCUCCCCGCUCUCAAGAAGCUGGACGCCAUGCUUAUCGGAAUACUGGAUGGGUUCCAAGACACCGAGUUCUGGUAUGUGGAUCGGGGGAUAUUGGUCGCCGAUGAGGAUGGAAGUGGGUCUUGCCCAUCUUCCUCAUUUGGUAGGCCGUCAUUGCGCCAGGAAGAAAAAUGGUGGCUACCAUGCCCAAGGGUUCCGCCCAAAGGCCUGUCCGAGGAUUCAAGGAAGAGGUUGCAGCAAUGUAGGGAUUGUGUGAAUCAGAUACUCAAGGCGUCCAUGGCAAUCAAUAGUGGAGUGCUUGCCGAGAUGGAGAUCCCUGAUGCCUAUAUUGAAACCUUGCCCAAGAGUGGAAAAUCAUGCUUGGGUGAGAUAAUUUACAACUAUAUAACAGCUGAACAAUUCUCACCAGAUUGCCUUUUGGAUUGCUUGGACCUGUCAUCCGAGCAUCACACACUAGAAAUAGCAAAUAGGAUUGAGGCAGCAAUUCACGUUUGGAGACUGAAAGGCCAAAGAAGACAUUCUCAAGUUAAGGCGAAAACGGCAUCUUGGAAAGGAAAAGUGAAGGGUUUUGUUGCUGACACCGAAAGGAGUCAAUUUCUAGCAGAACGAGCAGAGGGUUUGUUCCAGAGCUUGAGAAUUCGUUUUCCUGGACUCCCCCAGACAGUUGUAGAUAUGAACAAGAUUCAGUACAACAAGGAUGUGGGGCAGUCAAUUCUUGAGAGCUAUUCCAGAGUUAUGGAAAGUUUGGCAUUCAAUAUCAUGGCAAGGAUCGAUGAUUUGAUCUUUGUGGAUGACGCAACAAAAAAAUGUGCAGUCGCUGAAGCUGUUUCGAUAUUCAACCGGGGAGGAUCAGGAGGACUUCCAGUUCAGAAAAGGAUCUCACCCAGUCCCUUCUCAAUUCAGAACACACCUUAUGCCUCACCAUUUGCAACACCCACCUUUUGCUCUUCAACCCCGGUGAUCGGAAGCCCUCGAAGACUGCAAACUUUGGUAAGUAAAAAGAGCACCCAGUGUCCACCACAAGAGGGGAAGAUCAUCUCUGGUGAUCUGGAGAAGGUAUGGUCAUACACUGGCAACCUGAGCGCCAGAAGAGAUGCAGGAGACGCCCCCGAAAGGGACUAACUUCAAAAACAAAAGUCGGACGCCUGAGGAAUCUACGACAUGAGACUUUUGUUGCCCGGUUGGUGGGUUGAGUUAUGUACAGAGAUGCAAUUGCAGAUAUCAGGUUUUGUCCCUCUUUUAGUCUUAGCUGAAUCUUCUUAGUUUGUAGACUUGUUACUAGUGAAAACUGAUGGCUCUUUGGCAAAACAUGUGUACGAUCUGGUAGGUAGGUAAUGAAAUCAUGCUCAGACAAA